CAAAGGAAAGACUGGUGCCUAGCUUCACCCACAAAGAAAGAAUCCCCUGAGUCUGAAGUAUAAAUCCGCGACCAAACCUCAACCUCAACCCCAACCACAACAAUCCCUCCUCAAACCAUCCGAGAAAACCACACUCCAUCCAUCCACCCCCAAUACAAACUCACCUCUUGACCAACCCACCAACCCACCACCCCACCCAAUCCAUCACACAUGCAGAAAUCCGACCAGCCCACCGGCAGCACCAUGCAUCUCGAAACAGCCACCGAAGCCGACGCCCCCGCCCUCGCCACCCUGUACUUCACCUGCUUCACCAACGCGGCCCACCGGCGCGUCUUCCCCCCGACCCCGGAGAUGCACGCGUGGUGGACCGCCAACCUCCGCCGGAAGAUCGCAAGCGGCCGGAGCGUGGUGCUCAAGAUGGUGGAUUAUGCGGCGGAGCCGCUUCCUGCGGCGAUCGGUAGUACCCCUGAGGAGAAUGGGAGUGAUAGCUCCGCAGCCGGAAGCGAUAGCGAGACAGGGAGCUAUGCGGCCAGUGACGAUGCAACGGGACCUAGUUCAGCAGCUAGAGAUGCGGACGCGGAUCCAGGCGUGGAGAAAGAGAGCAUGCAAGGGAAAGGGAGAGGCAGAAUCGUCGCCUUCGCGGAGUGGGAGCUUCCCUCCGCUUCCUCUUCCCCUGCGCCUGCGCCUGCGCCUGCGCCUGCCUCUUCUGCCCCAGUUCAAAGUCAAGAUCAAGAUCCGUCUCAACCCACCCCCUCAACUCAACCGCAAGACCCCAACCCCGACCCCACCCUCCCACCCAACCUCUCCCCCUCCGACAAAGACCUCCUGCUCCGCCUCCGCGCACAAACCACCCGCCACCGCGAGGAGGACAUGCGCGGCGUCGAGGGCGGGUAUUAUCACCUCAGCAUCCUCGGCACCAAUCCCGCAUACCGGUCCCAAGGGCUGGGAUCCCGGCUGCUGGCGUGGGGCAUUGAGCGCGCGCGCGCCGAAGGGAGGCAGAUCUACCUGUGUGCGUCGCGGGAGGGGCGGCCGCUGUAUGUGAAGCGGGGGUUUGUGAGGGUUUCGGAGGGGGAGGUCGUUGUUGAGGAGGGGGGGGAGAGGAAUUGGUUUAUGGUCUGGCGGGGAUAG